ACGUUGUGGGGUCCUCUAGCUGAACACUCAUUGGAAGGGCGAUGCUUGGCGAUCAGCCAAAAAGUGGGAUUUGUGAUGGCGUCACAAGAUCUCAGUGAUCGAACCAUCAGCCCCUUGCCCCAGGUUUGUUUCUGGGUACUGUGCUCUUCGUACACUGUACUGAUUGCACGCUGA